AGUAGGCUAUUACAUUCAAGUAACUUAUGUUGGACAGUUUUACUGUCUACUCCGCAAAGUGAACAACUGCAGCAUCUUCAUCCUACACUCUCUGAUCUGUGACCAUGGCAGACAAAGAACCUGAAGCCCUGAAAAUGAAGCGGGAAAUUGGGUUGAUUGGCGGUGUAGCACUAGUUUCCGGAACUAUGAUCGGAUCCGGUAUAUUCAUGUCCCCACAGUUUGUACUGGCCUACGCUGGAAGCCCUGGAGCAAGUCUGGUGAUCUGGGCUCUCUCAGGAGUUGUAUCUAUGUUUGCAGCGUUGUCCUAUACCGAGCUUGGGACAGUCAUUUGUGAAUCUGGUGGAGAUUUCAUCUACAUACUGAGGAUCUAUGGUUCAUGUCCUGCUUUCUUUGCAGCAGUCACCUUUAUCCUGGUUGUCAAGCCAUUUGGCAUAGCAGCAAUGGCAAUUAGCAUCGCAGAGUAUGUUAUAGCACCCUUUUACACUGACUGCCAUCCUCCUCAACUGGUAGUGAAGUGUGCUGCAGCUGUGGCUAUACUGGUUGUUGCCACAGUUAAUAUCUUAAAUGUCCGGAUUGCCAUUAGAAUCCAAGUGGUCUUCUUGGUGGCCAAGGUGCUGACGUUGACAUUAAUCAUAAUUGGGGGGAUAGUGGAGCUCACACAUAGCACCAGUGUCAUUGUGGAAAAUCUAAAAGUCGAGAAUGCAUUUAAAGGCACUCAGUACUCUUUGAGCACUCUAGGAAUGUCUUUUUAUCAAGGACUCUGGUCUUACGCUGGCUGGUACAACUUGAACUAUGUCACUGAGGAGCUGAAAAGACCAGAGGUGAAUCUUCCUAGGGCGGUUGUGAUAGCCAUUUCUCUGGUGACUGGCUUAUAUGUGCUGGUGAAUGUGAGCUACCUGACAGUAAUGACGCCUAAAGAGCUUGUGUCCUCCAGCGCAGUAGCAGUAACCUGGGGGAAUAAGGUGUUAGGAAGCUGGGGCUGGAUCAUGUCUGUGGCUGCGGCAUUGUCUGCUUUUGGUUCACUGAACGGGACAUUCUUCAGUGGUGGCCGUGUAUGUUUUGUUGCUGCCAGGGAAGGACACAUGCCAGAUAUUCUGGCCAUGGCUCACAUCCACAGACUGACUCCAUCUCCAGCCUUGAUCUUCACCACUGUUGUGUCUCUGGUGGUGCUUAUCCCUGGAGACUUCCAGAGUAUUGUCAACUUCUUCAGUUUCACUGCCUGGUUUUUCUAUGCCAUCACCUUGUCUGGACUUCUCUAUCUCAAGAUUAAGAAGCCAGAGCUGCCAAGGCCGUACAGGGUUCCCAUUAUACUCCCCAUACUGGUCCUCAUUGCAGCAGUAUUUCUUGUUCUGGCACCCAUCAUAGAUGAUCCUCAGAUUGAAUACCUCUAUGUGACUUUAUUUAUCCUCAGUGGAGCUAUAGUCUACAUACCAUUCAUCCAUUACAAGCUCUGCCCAGGACUGUUAACCAAGUUAACAGUGUUCCUGCAGCUAUUCUUAGAGGUCGCCCCAGCAGAGAAAAACCUGUGAUUUGGGCAGAAAAAUCCAGAAAAAUUAUGUGUUUUUCCAGUUUUAUUGCUCGUGCUUUUUAACUACAUCAGUUUUUGCAUUGAUACUUGUAAAACGCUGCAGCUUACAUUCACUAGCCCCUUAGGAUUACCUCCCAUUUCCAUAUAUUACUUUGCACACACAAAUUUAAUAUUCAGGAGGGUGCAGGAUAUCACAAUCUGCCUAUAAAAAAGUUCAAAAAGCAUUAAUAUGUUGGGUUAUACGUUAGAUUUUCUUUGAAUUUUAGCAAUCUAAAAUGUUUUGUCUUUUUGCACAGAUGUAUUUAGCACUGUUUUUUUUUUGCUGACAUUCAUAGAUUCAUAGUCAAUUUAGAGAAUCUGUACAUAUUGUAUAAGUUGUUAUUUAGUAGUGAGGAAAUUUCACGAAUGGACUUAUUGCACAGGUAGCAAUUUAUCACAGUACCACGCUUGGAUUCACUGAGCUCCUGAGAGCGACCCAUUCUUUCAUGUGUGUAGAAGCAGUCUGCAUACCUAGGUGCUUGAUUUUAUACACCUGUGGCCAUGGAAGUGAUUGCAACACGUGAAUUCAGUGAUUCAGAGGGGUGUCCUACAUCUUUUGGCAAAAUAGUGUAUAUUCUGGAGAAAGUUCUUGCUUCCGAAAAUGGUGUCACCCUGAGAAUUAAAGGUCCAGUGUGUAUAAUUUAGGAGGACCUAUUGAGACAAAUGCAAUAUGAUAUGUUUUCAGUGGUGUAUAAAGAUCUUACAUAAUGAACAGUUGUGUUUUUAUUACCUUUAGAAUAAGCCAUUUCUGUCUAUACACACAACUGGCCUCUACAUGGCCAUGUUGCUUCAUCAUAUUUCUACAGUAGAUCAAAUGGACAAAUGCUCUACAGAGCAUGUUCCGUCACCAUGAUGAAUUUGCACAGGAAGGCGUGAGUGUUGACAGAGCAGUUGGUUUCAAUUCACAAACCUCACCACUGGUUGCCACUAAAACUUGAGACUGAACCUUUAAUUGUAAUUAUUUUGGUGAUGAAUUUUCCAUUCCAUUCACCAUCUGUUCAAAAUUUCAAUUUGUCCAAUGUUAGGGUUUAUGACCAAAUACCUGCAAAACUAAUUAAAUUUCCAUCAGCAUCAGCUGUACUUUGUCUUUAGUGCUGAUUAGCAGUUGUUAGAAUGCUAAUACAGAAAACUGAGAUGGUGAACACUGUUAUACCAGCUAACCGUUAGCCAAUUAGCAUUAUCACUGUAAACAUGUUCGCAUGUUGACUUUAGCAUUUAGCUCUAUGCACUGCUUUGACUACGUACCAUGCUAGUACAGCCUCACAGACUGGCUAGCGUGACUGUACACUUGUUGUUUUCUAAUUCUAGCAGUCAGUAAGACAUCUCGAUGGAGCUGGCCUACCUGGAACAAAUAAGCUUUUAGGGUCUUAAAUUCAAAAUAAACACUCAUACAGAUUAUGUGAAUUAAAAAAAAAAAAGUUUAUUAAAUAAUUGUUAUCUGCCAAAGGGAUAAAACAAGACAUGGCCAAAUUCAUAGUGCAACUUUCACAUGACAAAAGAUUGUUCAACACAAAACAGGAAAGAGCAGGGAAGGGAGAGGUGUGUAUGUGUGUAUAUACAAUGCACCGCAUACGCAUUUAUCUGGUGACACUUUUUGUUUUUUUCAGCAUCACUAUUCCCUUACCUAACAAAUUGCU